AUGCGCUAUGCACAACUGGUUAUGGGACCAGCGGGUAGCGGCAAGUCUACCUACUGUAGUAACAUGGUCAAACAUUGUGAGAAUAUCAAACGCUCAAUUUAUGUGGUCAAUUUAGAUCCUGCGGCUGAAUAUUUCGAUUAUCCAGUGAUAGCAGAUAUUCGUGAGCUAAUACAAGUGGAUGAUGUUAUGGAUGAUCCAGAUCUCCGCUUAGGCCCCAAUGGCGGACUAGUCUUUUGCAUGGAAUAUUUAUUAAAUAACUUAAAUUGGCUAGAAGAAAAAUUGGGCUACGUAGAAGACGAUUAUUUUCUAUUUGAUUGUCCAGGUCAAAUUGAGCUCUAUACACACUUCCCUAUUAUGAAAACUUUAAUUGACCAUUUACAAAAGUGGGACAUUCGACCUUGUGCUGUUUACCUGGUUGACUCCCAAUUCAUGAUAGAUGCUCCAAAAUUUAUUUCCGGUACAAUGUCAGCAUUGUCUUGCAUGGUCAAUUUAGAACUUCCCCAUGUUAACAUUAUGUCAAAAAUGGAUUUGAUAGGUCCUGGUGAUAAGGAAAAUAUUGAGAGAUAUCUGAAUGCUGAUUGCGAGUCUUUGGCUGACGAACUGGAUCAACUUCGAGGAAAGAAAUUUCAUAAAUUGAAUUCAAUGAUAUCUCGAAUGAUAGAAGAUUAUAGCCUUGUUAAGUUUCUGGCUCUAAAUUUUAAUUCGGAAGAUUCGGUUGAAGCCAUCAUGUAUCAAAUUGAUACAGCAAUUCAAUACGAUGAAGAUAGAGAAUUUACAAAUCAGGAUGCCGAUGAUGAAGACGCGGAUAAUCAAUGA